UAGGUUAGGAAUAAAUGCAGACUUAGCUCAUUUUUCCAUUUAGUUUGACUGGACCUACACCUCAUGUUGUUCCACAACAUACGAAGAAGAAAGAAUUAACCUACACCUAUACAUCUUGAUAAAAAAGUGAAUAUAAAUAUGUUCAUAUCUCACCAUUUUCAAUUGUGAUUGUCAGUUCUUUGUGUAUUUUAGCGUGCAACUAUUAUAGUCCAUAUUCCAAGAUGUCUGUUAAUAAUUUACCCGAUGGAAUACGUGGAAACAGAGCUUGUAUAGGCUGUUCACUUAUUAAGUCACCCGAGCAAUUCGCCAAUGACGGCUGUGAGAAUUGCGAAAGUUUUUUACAAUUCAAAGAAAAUGCUGCUAACGUUGAUGUUUAUACCAGUAAGAAUUUUACGGGGAUGGUAGGAAUAAUGGAACCCUCAAAUAGUUGGGUGUGCAAAUGGCUGAGAUUAGAUCAUUGUGUACCUGGAAUGUAUGCCAUUUCUGUGGUUGGGACUUUGCCACCAGAAAAAAUAAAAUUGAUGAAAGCUCUAGGAAUCAUUCAUUCGAACAGAGAUAGAAGUGGUCAAAUAUAGUAGUGGUAUAACCGUUAUUUAUUUCCUUAGUCUUUGUCUACUUUACAUUUUCUUAUUGUAUAUUUUUGAUAAUUCAAAUUUUUUAUACCAGUUUAUAUGACGAUUUUAUGUCAAUAAAGAAAUAUGAAAUUUA